CGUGCUAAUUGUUGUCCACAGGAGCUGCUGAAGCUCAGGAGGAAGAUCACGUGCACCGUGCACAUGCUCACGCAUGUCAAGGAGAAGCUGCAGUUCGUGCAGGUCGAGAACGAGGAGCAGAGGGCAGCUCUCGCCUCUGUCGAGGUCCACGUGGCGCAGAGACGAGACACCCUCACGAGAACCAAGCAGGCCCGGGACGCCCUGCGCACUGACAACACCCGCCUGCGCCGCCGUGCGGGGCUGCUGGGGAGCCCCCAGCUGCUGCGUGACCUCGAGGUGGCAGUGGACGGCGCCGAGCGGCUGCGCGGGCGCCUGCAGGAGCUGCGCGCGCGACACGCCGGGCUGGCACUGGCCGCGCGGGGCGUGCGCGCCAAGGUCGAGCAGGCCCGGGCCGUAGCGGCCACCGGUGACGGCGCCCGUAGAGGAGGAAGGACUGUUGAGCGCGUACGGCGCCGGCGCUCUUGCGUGAAGCCCACUGGGGCUCGGUGGCAGCCAGCAGGUGUUUAGCGAAGGUGCUGCCUGCGUUCGUUGAGAUGGUAGUUCACUCCAUCGGAUGGAUUGCGAUACAGAGACAGUGAUAGGGAUUUCCGUGUUUAAUAUAGUUGUGUGAGUUUGACCAAGUGCUGUUUUUUGAUUACGAUUGAUAGGAUGGAUACAAAAUUAUUUCCGAAAAAUAUAACCUACUCACGAGGAAGGUUAUAUAUUAAUGUCCGUGAUAUAUAUUUUGAACAAACACAUUUACAGUAACAACAACACUACUUUUAUAUACCUUUCGGGAAGAAGACCUCAGAAAGUGUGUGAAAGAAUAAACAGGAGAAAGCUGCUGCAGGUGACGAAGUUUGUCCAAUCGCAGAUUUAUUCACAAAGCUACUGGGAAAAAAAAACACAGUGUGUACAGUGGGUUUGCAAAGAGAAAAUUCAGUUUCUCAAAUGGGAAGUUAUGCAACGUGAAUACAAACAGGGCUAUUUUGAGUUCAAUCAGCUAUUCUCUCUCCAUAAUGGCAACCCAGUGACGUUCCCUGAGAGCAGGUUGGGGGGGGUCGCUUUUGUUGAUAAGACAUCCGUUGUGUGGGCCGUCACAAAGCCUGCAAGGGAUGUUUUCACAUGUUGUGUGUUGUCGUGGGGGCCGUACAUCAGGGACUUGCACUAAAGGCACCAGGGGCUGUCAGUGGCCCGCAGGUCCUUCAAUGAAAAACACUAACUUCGAGCCCAUGAGCCAAAGGGGUUGGUUAUCAUCACCUGGGAUUGCAAAGGUUACAUGUAUCUACCAUUUGCAGAAAGCUUAGUGUAUGUAUAACAUCCUGUCUUGUUUUAUAUACGCACUUAUUUUUAUUGUUUUAUUGCAAUGCUUGCGGACUUUUGCCCCCUCCUGCGCAAUUAACGCCCACGUCGCAGUGGCGUUUCAACAUCACCUGACAAUGUCGAUUCACCUUGAGUGUCGCAUUUAUGAGUGUUGCUCUCUGAAGUAAUACCAAAUAAUAUAAAUGCACAUGGUCAUGGUUAGUUUUAGGGCUAGUGUUUGAAUUUACGGGUGGGUUAGUAUAAGGUCUAGUGAAUAAGGGGGAAGAUACCCCUGUAAGAGCUGACCUUGGAGGUCAACCGUCAACUGAAUUUCAUCUUGAAGACACUGGGCCGCACUUAACUGUGUUAGAACUACACCUGGGAGGUGCGGCUUUCCUCAAUUAUUGGGGAAUUAAGUAGUCGCCUAACUUUGGCUGUGGCGAAGUACAAGCAAUUACUCGCAUGCCCAAUCAUUGCCCGAUUAAAUUAUUUUGCAGGAGGUACAAAUGGAAUCAUCAAUAUGGUGACCACAAAUGCCAUCGAAGGGCUUUUCCAAACUCUACCUGCAGUCAUGAAAUUCGUCCUAUGCUUUUAAAAUACCACGUGAAAGAAAAUGUUAAACUUUUCAAAAACUGCGAGAUCUAGCAGAGGGAAGGAAUUGACAGCUAGCUGUAGUGGCAUCAACGGAUAUUGCUGGUGGUGGUGACGUCUCAUUUUGAGUUAACUUGAGUGGCUUAGGAAACCGAAAUCCUGCGUCUCCUUCAUUACUUAAUAGCUCCCCUAUGAGCUUGGUGGAUAUUCCACGUUCCUUUAGUAGGUGCCAGGCUCUCCAUAUAAUGACCUCAUUUAAAAGGUCAUAGGAUGCAAAGUGUAGCUUUGUAGAAACAAAAUAUCUGCUACUUGUAGGAGGUAAACAUGGCCCUGGAUGAAAAUCUGAGCCCAGUAUUCCCCCAAGGUCUCAAGUCUGUUGUCAACCUCGAGUAAAUAUUUUGCAAUGAAGGAAUCUGAGCUCUUGACGUUAAGUAACCCCUGCUGAUUGACUGUGUUGGCCAUGUCUUGGUGAGUGGCCCUUAUUUCUUGAGUGCCCUCUCAUCGUAUUUCCAGUCGCCGUGUCAGGGCACGAUAACAAGUUUUCAGCAAAGUAGGUUACCCGUCUGUCCAUCACGUAUCGGAUUUUCAACGU